AUGUCAGAUGGGAGGUUAUUCCACCUUCUCGUUCGUGGAUUUAUCGAUAUGCAACGCGAUACUCUGAUCAUGGAUCCCGUGGUUUUUUCCUUGGUCAAUGGGGAUCUCGGAUUAGAGCUUGAUAUCUCAAAGCUAAGGUCAAUAGCAUACACGUCCAGCAUCGAGUAUCGUUCAUUGUGGAAGCCACCGGGAAAUGAUGGAAGAUAUGAGGUAGUUGAAGGCUCUCAACUCUUGAUAUCUGAAAGGUAUGGUGGCUAUAAUGCGGAAGAUCCCGAUAUCAACGAGAAUCUUGUCGUCGAACAAGCGAGUGAUGCAAGGGAUGAUCUCUUGGAGAUUGAGAACCUGGAAGGCAUCUCUACAGAUAAAAAGAAGAAUAUCGCAAGUAGAGAUAUGUGGAAACUCAUUACCCAAUGCUGCCCACAGAUUUCCAGUAUCAAAUACAUUCUUCUUGGGGAAAGAAAUACUGCAAUUUACGCAAAGGCGGAAGAAGUUUCUAUCUACGAUGUGGGUAAUAUGCGUCGGCCAAAAGGUGAAUGGGAAAUCCACGAGCAUCAUCUCUUACCACUGUAUCCCUCUGUCCGGAAGAUCAUCAUGAGCCCGGAAAAUACACCAAUACACAAGUUUGGCUGGGGGCAUCAUUUCACCCAUAAAUUUAACCACGGGGUGCAAUUGGAAAAGGACUUCCAAGAUUACUUGAAGGAACAUGAGCGCUCUGGCAAUCGUACGUUCUGGCACGAGUUAACAUUUCAAGUAUGUACUUUAGGAGAUGCUAUGUCCUUGGGUCCCAACCAAUUCGCCGAAGACCAUGAAGAUGCAGAAAUGAACGUCCAGGAAGAAUUUUUCGACGUGGAACCAGAAGGUGAAAUACCAUUUGAGUUUAUCAGUGGUAACAUCUCAACAUCUUCUUCGUCUUUGUCUCUACCUUCAAAUCCAGAAGAAUCCGGGUCUAAAGACUUCAUCCCCCAAAACAAGGGACUAAAAGUCAAAGCCCCAAUGAGGGGAGGUGAGAGAAGUCUUCUUUAUCUGGAAAUGGGUAUUUAUAUCCACAGGGAUCCCAGGGGACCCGUGCAAGUCACUCGAAAAAGACGGCAGUAA